GCAAGCCGACGUGGAGAAGAAAAAGGGCGAAGCGCCGAGCGAGAAGGUCGACUGAGAUGACAGCAGCCGCAAAGGGCGCCGACACCGUCUUCGUUAGCCCUAGCGAGCAGAGCAGGAUCAGGAGCCGGAAGCAGCAGCAACAACGAGCGGCCGCAGCGGCGCCGUCUGUCCCGUCGUCCUACGCCGUCUGGGAGAAAGAGAGGUAAUCGAUUCCAACCGAUUCGAGAGAUGUCGACGAGGACCGCCAGGUGCGAUUGCUGCGGCUUCACGGAGGAGUGCACGCCGGCGUACAUCGCGGCGGUGAGGGCGCAGUACCUGGGCCGCUGGGUCUGCGGGCUCUGCGCGGAGGCCGUGCGCGACGAGGUCCGCCGCGGCGCCGGGAUCACCACCGCGGAGGCGCUCGACCGGCAGCGCGCCUUCGCGCGCGCGGCGCGGUGGGCGCCCGGGAGGGCGGCGGAGGAUCUCGUGGCCGCCGUGUCGCGCCUGCUCCGCCGCUGCCUCCACUCGCCGCCGGCGUCGCCCGCGCAGGGGCGGCGGAAGGCGGCCGACGCAGAGGACGCCUGAUUCGAUUGUCCUCUCGCCCGGCGGCCAAGUCGACCUAGAAAUGCUAGACGCUGCCUGUGGCAUGUGUGGCGCCAUGUGUGUUGUGUGGGUUUCGCUGUCUUCAAGAAUAAUUUGUGUGUUGUGGGGUUGCUCAGGACGGGAGAAGCUAGGUUCCGUAUGAUCGAGCAUGAAGUUAUUAUCUGUAUGUAGUAAUAGCAUUUGGAACAUUGCUCCAUUAGCUCAGGUCCUUCAGGAGUCAGGACUUCAGGCUUCGUCUAGAUCGGCGUCUCUGCACAAAGCAUUGACAUUGUACUUCUAGCUAGAGUAGUGAGCUUUAUAAGUAUAGAUGGAAGGAUAUGUACCGGGUUCUCUUGAUCUAUGUAAGGAAUCUAUAUAUCUUGUUAAGUUUGUC